CCCGGGGCGGCUCCGGGGCCCUCCCGCAGACCCCACCAUGGGCAGCCAGAGCUCCAAGGCUCCCCGGGGCGACGUGACCGCGGAGGACGCAGCAGGCGCUUCCCCCACUAAGGCCAACGGACAGGAGAAUGGCCACGUGAAAAGCAAUGGAGACUUAGCCCCCAAGGGUGAAGGGGAGUCGGCCCCCGUGAAUGGAACAGAGGAGGCAGCCGGGGCCACUGGCGAUGCCAUCGAGCCAGCACCGCCUAGCCAGGGUGCUGAGGCCAAGGGGGACGCCGCCCCCAAGGAGACCCCUAAGAAGAAGAAGAAAUUCUCUUUCAAGAAGCCUUUCAAAUUGAGUGGCCUGUCCUUCAAGAGAAAUCGGAAGGAGGGGGGCGAUUCCUCUGCCUCCUCACCCACGGAGGAAGAGCAGGAGCAGGGGGAGAUCGGUGCCAGCAGCGAGGAAGGCAUUGCCCAGGAAGGGAAGGCUGUUGCUACCCCUGAGAGCCAGGAGCCCCAGGCCAAGGGGUCCAAGGCUAGUGCUGCCUCCAAGGGAGGAGAUACAGAAGAGGAGGCAGGGCCUCAGGCCGCAGAGCCGUCCUCGGGGCCUGAGAGUGGCCCUACACCGGCCAGCGAGCAGAAUGAGUAGCUAGGUGGGGGCAGGUGGGUGAUCUCUAAAGCUGCAAAAACUGUGCUGUCCUUGUGAGGUCACUGCCUGGACCUGGUGCCCUGGCUGCCUUCCUGUGCCCAGAAAGGAAGGGGCUGUUGCCCCCUCCCAGCCACAUUCCCUUCUCCUCUUCUCCCUCUUGUGGAUUCUCCCAUCAUCCAUCUGGUCUUCCUCCUAAGGCCAGUUGAAGGUGGUCCCUUGCAGUUUCCCAAGUUAGGUUAGUGAUGUGAAAUGCUCCUUGCCCUGGCCCUACCGCCUUCCCUGUU